AUGGCGGACCCGGCGGAAUGUAACAUCAAAGUGAUGUGUCGCUUCAGGCCCCUCAACGACUCCGAGGUGACCCGCGGCGACAAGUACGUCGCCAAGUUCCAGGGAGAGGACACCGUCAUCAUCGCGUCCAAGCCGUAUGUGUUUGACCAUGUAUUCCAGUCAAGUACAUCGCAGGAACAAGUGUACAAUGAUUGUGCUAAAAAAAUUGUAAAAGAUGUACUUGAGGGAUACAAUGGUACAAUAUUUGCUUAUGGACAAACAUCAUCUGGGAAAACACACACUAUGGAGGGAACACUUCAUGAUCCAGAUGGGAUGGGGAUUAUUCCAAGAAUAGUGCAAGAUAUUUUUAAUUAUAUUUACUCCAUGGAUGAAAAUUUGGAGUUCCACAUUAAGGUGUCAUAUUUUGAAAUAUACUUGGAUAAAAUAAGGGACCUUUUAGAUGUUUCAAAGACCAAUCUUUCUGUUCAUGAGGACAAAAACAGAGUUCCUUAUGUAAAGGGCUGCACUGAACGUUUUGUAUGUAGUCCAGAUGAAGUUAUGGAUACUAUAGAUGAAGGAAAAUCUAACAGACAUGUAGCAGUUACAAAUAUGAAUGAACACAGCUCUCGAAGUCAUAGUAUCUUCCUUAUUAAUGUAAAACAAGAAAACACUCAAACAGAACAGAAACUGAGUGGAAAACUUUACCUUGUGGACUUGGCAGGUAGUGAAAAGGUUAGUAAAACUGGAGCAGAAGGUGCUCUGCUGGAUGAAGCUAAGAACAUCAACAAGUCUCUCUCAGCUCUUGGAAAUGUCAUUUCUGCUUUGGCUGAAAGCAGCACUUAUGUUCCAUAUCGUGACAGUAAAAUGACCAGAAUCCUCCAGGAUUCAUUGGGUGGUAACUGCAGAACCACUAUUGUAAUUUGCUGCUCUCCAUCAUCAUACAAUGAGUCUGAAACUAAAUCUACGCUCUUGUUUGGUCAAAGAGCUAAGACUAUUAAGAACACAGUCUGUGUCAAUGUGGAACUCACUGCAGAACAAUGGAAAAAAAAGUAUGAAAAAGAAAAAGAGAAAAACAAGACACUGCGUAACACCAUACAGUGGCUUGAAAAUGAGCUCAACAGAUGGCGCAAUGGGGAGAUUGUACCAGUUGAUGAGCAGUUUGACAAAGAGAAAGCCAACUUGGAAGCUUUUGCAGUGGAUAAGGAUGUUGCUAUCAAUAAUGAUAAACCAGCUGCUACAAUUGGAGUGACUGGUAAUUUUACUGAUGCUGAAAGAAGAAAGUGUGACGAAGAAAUCACUAAAUUAUACAAGCAACUUGAUGACAAGGAUGAAGAAAUCAAUCAGCAGAGCCAAUUAGUAGAAAAGUUGAAGACACAAAUGUUGGAUCAGGAAGAGCUUCUAGCAUCUACCAGGCGGGACCAAGACAAUAUGCAAGCUGAGCUGAAUCGCCUCCAGGCUGAAAAUGAUGCCUCUAAAGAAGAAGUAAAAGAGGUGCUACAAGCCCUUGAGGAACUUGCUGUCAACUAUGAUCAGAAAUCUCAGGAAGUAGAAGACAAAGCAAAGGAAUAUGAGCUGCUUAGUGACGAACUCAAUCAGAAAUCGGUAAUUUUAGCCAAUAUAGAUGCAGAGCUUCAGAAACUUAAAGAAAUGACCAACCACCAGAAAAAGCGGGCAACAGAGAUGAUGGCCUCCUUAUUAAAAGAUCUUGCAGAAAUAGGAUUUGCAGUAGGAAAUAAUGACGCAAAGCAGCCUGAAGGAACUGGCAUGAUAGAUGAAGAAUUCACAGUUGCAAGACUGUACAUUAGCAAAAUGAAAUCAGAAGUGAAAACAAUGGUAAAACGCUGCAAGCAGUUAGAAAGCACUCAAACUGAAAGCAAUAAAAAAAUUGAAGAAAACGAAAAGGAGCUGGCAGCUUGUCAGCUUCUUAUCUCACAGCAUGAAGCCAAGAUCAAGUCACUGACAGAGUAUCUUCAGAAUGUGGAACAGAAAAGGAGGCAACUGGAAGAAUCUGUGGAUUCCCUUAAUGAAGAACUAGUCCAGCUUCGGGCACAGGAAAAAGUCCAUGAAAUGGAGAAGGAGCACUUAAAUAAGGUUGAAACUGCAAAUGAAGUCAAGCAAGCUGUUGAGCAGCAGAUUCAGAGCCACCGUGAGACACAUCAAAAGCAACUUAGUAGCCUAAGAGAUGAAAUUGAUGCAAAGGAGAAGCUUAUUACUGAACUUCAAGACCAAAACCAGAAGAUGAUGCUUGAGCAAGAACGUCUUAGAGUUGAGCAUGAGAAACUGAGAGCUACAGAUCAGGAGAAAAGCAGAAAACUGCAUGAACUUACGGUUAUGCAAGACAGACGAGAACAAGCAAGACAAGAUUUGAAGGGUUUGGAAGAGACUGUGGCAAAAGAACUUCAAACGCUACACAACCUUCGGAAGCUGUUUGUUCAAGAUCUGGCUACCAGAGUUAAAAAGAGUGCAGAGAUUGACUCAGAUGAUACGGGAGGCAGUGCUGCGCAAAAACAGAAAAUUUCCUUUCUUGAGAAUAAUCUUGAGCAGCUCACAAAAGUCCACAAACAGCUGGUACGUGAUAAUGCAGAUCUUCGCUGUGAGCUUCCUAAACUUGAGAAACGACUUAGAGCUACAGCUGAGAGAGUUAAAGCUUUGGAGUCUGCACUAAGGGAAGCCAAAGAGAAUGCAUCUCGUGAUCGCAGACGAUAUCAGCAAGAGGUAGACCGUAUUAAGGAAGCCGUGAGAUCCAAGAACAUGGCCCGAAGAGGACACUCUGCACAGAUUGCUAAGCCUAUCCGUCCCGGCCAGCAUCCAGCAGCUUCUCCAACUCAUCCAAGUGCAAUUCGUGGAGGAGGUGCAUUUACUCAAAACAGCCAGCCAGUCACACUGCGUGGAGGUGGAGGACGGCAGGAUAAAGUGUAA